AACAUUUCACAAUAGACAGUGAAAAAAAUAAUAAAAAAAAGUUGUUGACAAAAUCGAAAAUGGAUUCUGGAGAUAUAAGGGAAACAGAACCCUUGAACGAAGCACGUAUAGUUCAAGAUAAGAAACUAACAUGUUGUCAACGUUUUGGACAGUUUUUAAGCAACAUAACAGUUGAACCGGUUGCUUUUCUAGCCUUGUUUUCAAAUAUAUUGUCAUCAGUCGCGACACAGACGCUGGGCUUAGAAAAGACUUGUCGAGUUAGUUUAGGACUAGACGACAAAAUAUGCGAUUCUCUCAGAGCACAGAAUCAAUCAAACAAUUUUACAGUUUACGAAAGAAUGGUGCAAGAAUAUUAUUCAAACCAGUUAUUGUGGAAGAGUGCCCUACAAGCGCUUUUGCCGUUGAUUAUGCUCCUCUUCGUUGGUGGAUGGAGCGACGCAACUGGGAAAAGGAAGUCAAUCAUGAUGGUCGUCCUCAGCGGAGAAAUAAUGCAAUGCCUCAGCAACAUAAUCAACGUUAUAUUUUUCUAUGAGAUUCCUCUUCAAGUGCUCCUCUUUUUCGACGUUUUCUUCGUUAGCAUUGUGGGAGGCAGCAGUGUCAUGUUCCUAGCUUUAUUUAAUUACAUCUGCGAUAUCACCACGGCAGAAAACAGGACUCACCGUUUUGGUUUAGUCAAUUUGUGUAUAUUUGCCGGCAUGCCAAUGGGAUUAGCCUUAUCUGGAAUUAUGUUGAAACAUCUUGGAUAUUUUGCUAUAUACGGAUCUUCAUUGACAUUGCACGCAUUGAACUUUUUAUACGUACUUUUAAGACUGUCUGAUCAAGCCAGGAGCGAGGAACAGAAGCAACAUGACGGACGUGGGGUGUGUUACUUCUUGAAACUUUUCUUUAAUCCGAGGACAAUAAAGGAAACCUUUAAAGUUCUGUUCAAAAAGACUGAAAACAACAGAACUACUCAAUUAUGCGUUAUUAUCAUCACCGUGACAUUCCUGUAUGGACCAUUCUACGGUGAAGCAUCGAUCAUGUAUAUGUCUACCAGAUAUCGAUUCAACUGGAAUGAAGUAGAUUUCAGCAUAUUCCAGACAUACAACUUUGGCUUGAACAUACUUGGUACAAUAAUCUCUAUACUGUUGUUCAGCAAAUACCUAAAAUGGCACGACUCCGUCCUGGGUAUCAUUUCGUCAAUCAGCAAGAUAGGCUCUUCCUUCGUGUACUGUUUUGCGGCGACCGCGGCUAUUUUCUAUAUAGGGCCUGUUGUCGACUUACUCAAUGGUACAUCAAUAUUAGCUAUAAAGUCGCUGUACUCAAAGCUAUUGGACCCGAAUGAAAUAGGCAAGAUGACGUCACUUAUCGGCAUGAUUGAAAACAUGACUCCAUUAGUGUAUGUGCCGAUGUACACUCAGUUGUAUACUGCGACCAUGGACACCCUGCCAGGCGCUGUAUAUCUCUUGGGCGCCAUGAUGGCAGUGGUAGCCCUGUUUUCUUUCCUGUGGCUCCUGUGGGUGCAUUUGAAAGAACAAAAGCAGCUGAGAAACGAGAAAGCAAAUGGAAUGCCGAUGACGUAGUACUUAAACUACGCCACUAUCAGUAUUAUAUUGAAGGUUCCUUUAUACAUAUAUUUAUUUAUUUAUUAAACUUAUAAUAAGUUAAUAAGACUAUAUAGAUUUAAUAAAAGGUGCAAAUAGGUUAUAAGUUAAAAAGUUUAUACAUGAAAAUAUUAGAAAAUAUAUUUUUUGUAAAAUACGC